GUUGCUUACCAAAUUCAUUGCUAAACGGAGCGUCGGAGCCGUUGAAACCCGAGAAAGCCUGAAUUAUGGAAGUGCGAGCCGGCCGAUUGGGAUCCUAGUUUAGUUCAGCCGGGGAAAGGGUCCGCGGCAUUUAUUUUCUUAAUGAAGCAAAAACUAGGGGUCUGAGAGAGAGAGUCUCUGAGUCUCUGACUCUGACCUGUUGGACCUAACUGUACCUGUCUUGUAUACGGUUUAAGCUUCCAUAACAAUCACCAGCACCAAACUCAGACAUCUCUCUCUCUGUAUUGACAAAUUGACCCAAUUUGAUAAAAACUAAAAAAUCGCCUAUUCUAUUGCUGUUCAAAGGAUACAUUUUCUACACCAUGAAGAGGGCAAUGCCAUGGGACGAGCAGAUUGAUGUUAUAUCAUCAGAUGAUUCUUCUUCCUCGGACUCAGAGAUAGAAGUCAACGAUGGGUUUGACAGCAAGCAUCCAACCAACAAUGGGUGUGAUGACAAGCAGCCAGUCAAUGAUGGGUGUGAUGGCAAGCAGCCAAUGAAUAAUUUGUCAUUAAAUCCACCUGCCACAGAAAUAAGAUCUGAAGAUGCAUUAAUCAGAAGGGCAGAAAUGUAUCAGGAAUACAUGAAGCAGAUCCCAAUCCCUAUACACCGUGGAUCUGUCAUUCCAUUUACAUCAUGGAUAGGAUUAGGCAAAUCCAUUAAGCAGUUAUAUGGUCAGCCUUUGCACUACCUCACCAAUAAUCUCCUAAAACAGUGGGACCAAAUGAGAAUUGGCAGUGAGGAUGAACAUAGGCCUUUGGAUACCAUAAUUCACCCUUGCAAAGCUGAAGCCACCAUCUGGCUCACUGAAGAAGUCCAUCGCCGCACCUCAUCUCAUCUUCAUCUGGCCAAACUUUGGCUUUUUGACCCAAUGCACCAUGCUUUUGUCGACUCCAUUUUCCCACAAUUAUGAACCAUAUAUUGAAAGGCUUGGUUGGCCCUUCAGUUUUCACUGGCCUGGUGCUGAUUGUGUAAAAGUGUUAAUGUAGAUUCCUAUUCCUUAGGUUUGUUUGGUCAAGACCUGUAUCUCAUAAAUUUUGUAUGGAAGAAAACUUAUUCUCUUGUAACAAUGUAUGAUGACGCUUCUAUUCUC